GCCAGCAAAUAUUUUGGCUAGGGCGCCAAAUGGGUCAGGAACGGCCCUGCACCAGGGUUACAUUUUCUUACAAUGCCUGUGUGCACAGCUUUGUUUAUUUUGAAGUGAAGGGAAAGUGUGUCAUUUUUUUAUUCUGUUGAAAGGGGAAGCUCAAGGCAACAGAGAGGAAGGGACUGGAGCCACCGCAUGACAAAGUUCUACGAGCAGAAAGAGACGGCAGGGGGUGAUUAUGCCAGACAUGCAGAUGCUGAGAGCGGUGGUGCAGCAGCGACUGGCGGCUGCUGCAGAGGAGAUCUUCAGGCUGUUUGAAGGAGCCAUGGUGGAGUACGAGGCAGAGAAAGAGCACCAGCACAGCCUGCUGGAAGCUUGCACUGCGCCCAAGAGAGCUGAAGCAGAUAUCAACAUCAACACAUUUAUUGUGAGCAAAGAAGAGAUUGUGUCUGAGCCGCUGAAGCAGGAAGACUCAAAUCCUCCAAAUAUUAAAGCUGAGCAAGACCAGAUCCAAGUCCUGCAGGAGGCUGAAGUCACAGCAUUUUAUCAUCUCCUUGUGAAGUGUGAAGAAGAUGAAGAGAAACCUCAAGGAAAGGAAAGCAGAGCACCAGAGUUUAAUCUAGAGUCUCAAACUGAAAUUAUAGAUUUUUUUGAAACAGAGAAUAAAGUCAUAUAUCAGUGUGAAUCCACUGGAGAACCUCAGUCGGGUUCAAACUUCAUGAAAAAUAAAGCCUGCUGCCUGACUGAGAGACAAUAUUGCUGCUCUGUGUGUGGAAAAAGAUUCACCCAGAACUCAAAUCUAAAGACGCACAUGAAAACCCACACAGGAGAGAAACCGUUCGGCUGCUCCAUUUGCAAUAAAAGAUUCACACAGAAAGUGAAUCUGACGCGUCACAUGAAACAUCACAGCAACCCUGUUGGAGGAAAGAAACGUGGAGCACCAGAUUCUGAAGAUAAAAACAAAAUGAUAGAUUCUUCUGAACCUGAGGGAAAAGUAAGCGAUAACUCCAAGUCAUCCACAAAACCUCAGUCGCGUUCAAACUUCAUGAAAAAUGGCAGCUGUAAUCGGAGCGAGAGACCAUUUUGCUGCUCCGUGUGUGAAAAGAGAUUCAGCCAGAACUCAAAUCUUCGGACACACAUGAAAACCCACACAGGAGAGAAGUCCUUCGGCUGCUCCAUUUGCAAUAAAAGAUUCAUACAGAAAGGGAAUCUGACACGUCACAUGAAACAUCACAGCAAAACUGUUGGAGGAAAGAAAAUAAGAGCUCCAGAGUCAGAGCCAGAUGAUAAUAACAAAAUUCUAGAUUCUUCUGAACCUGAGGGAAAAGUAAGCGAUGACUCUAAGUCAUCCACAAAACCUCAGUCGUGUUCAAACUUCAUGAAAAAUAAAGCCUGCUGUCUGACUGAGAGACAAUAUUGCUGCUCUGUGUGUGGAAAAAGAUUCACCCAGAACUCAAAUCUAAAGACGCACAUGAAAAUCCACACAGGAGAGAAACCGUUCGCCUGCUCCAUUUGCAAUAAAAGAUUCAUACAGAAAGUGAAUCUGACGCGUCACAUGAUAUAUCAGCAGCACUGUUGGAGGAAAGAAACGUGGAGCACCAGUCAGAGCCAGAUGCUAAUAACAAAAUGAUAGAUUCUUCUGAAACUGAGGGAAGAGUCAGAUAUCACUGCUGGAGAACCUCGGUCGGCUUCACACUUUUUGGAAAAUAAAGCCUCAAAUCUGAGCAGCAAAAGAUUCAGACAGAACUCCAAUCUAAAGACACUUGAAAUUCCACACUCGGAAAAGGCCGUUCUGCGGCUCGAUUGGCAAUAAAAGAUUAAUACAGAAAGCAAAAGAGAAGUAUCACAUGGCAGGUCACACAGGGGAAAAACGGUUUGGCUGCAAGACUUGUGACAAGUGGUGUACUUGGGUUUAUCAGCUCAAAAACACCAGUAUGUCAGGGCAGAGCUUCAGCACUCCAUGGAGAAAAAGCAGGCAACAAGUUACGGAAGGUAAAACUUCACACAGUUCUACAGCUCAGGCUGACAGAAGAAUAUUUAGAAGACAUGACUGCAGUAAAACUGGUAUUUGUGAGGGUGCGAUGCCAUGCAGGAGAGGAACCUGUCAGUGUCUCACUUUGCAGCAAGAGCUAUUCUGGGAGAAGGAAUGAGCAGACACAUGGAUCACACACAGGAGAGUCAGCGAGCUGUCCUUACAGCUGGAUCUCAGCCACAUGAUGGCACCCUCACACACACAAAUGUGUCUACACGCUGUUUGCAUUACAUUUAUAAAGUUUUGUGUCCCUACUGCUCUCUAUACACGAGUGGCACUGGGAAAUUAUAGAUUUAUUAUUCACUUAACAGGACACUGUUUGCACCCCAGCUAAAUCUCAUUCACAUAAAUAUAGUUUGUAUGCAAGACUUUUAUCCCCCACGUAAUAAAGGCAGUGUGGCUUACGUGGAUCAAGCCACUGAGCCUCCAUUCUGGAGAUGCAUCUCCUCCACCAGCUGAGCCCUGGCCACCCAACAAAUGCAACUACGGUGGAUAUUCAUAACUGAGCAAGUUAUUUUUCACACGGACACCAAACCACUCUAUGAGCGAGUGUGUUCACAAGGAGGGGAUUGGCCCUGAACACUGCAGUGGUUCUACUACAAGCUACAAGAAAACUCUCUUAGUUAGUUUUAAUAGUGUAACAGCGCCCCCCUCUGGCCUUACCUGUCCACUACAGACCCCGGUGUAUGUUGUAACCUCUCCACAUGUAACUCUGUAACUCCAGCUGGUUCUUGUGCUCUGCGGGCCUGUGACUGAUACCUGCUUUUCUUGUUUUGCGUU